UUAUUUUAACUUUUUUGUUCAUUGUGCUCUCAUCCAUUCAUUUUCUUAACCCGGUGUAUCCCUUGUGGAGGUCACUGGGUUUCCACAACCUAAACUGGCGCGGUCAACCUUGGACAGGUCGCCAGGCUGUGGCAUGCACACAAAAUUGUGUUUUGGUUUCUAAAACUAAAUGUUUUGAUUAUUUGUUUUUCUUUUUGAAGUGUUGUGAUCUUUAAUUUGGUUUUGGGUCGAGUGAUUUGUGUGGUUUGGACUUCAGAACCAUUGGUAAAACCACAGUUUUUACUUUUUUUUAAGUAAAGUGAGGUGUUCUAGUAAAAUUGCUCUAUAAAGUUGGAUUAUAACAUGGAAGAAUGUCCAGAAAAUGUCCAGAAAUUAGCCAUAAUCCGCCAGAAAGCUUUCCGACAAGACUUGAAGCUGCUAUAACUGCAAAGGGUGUGUUGUAGUCAUAUUAUUGAUUAUGGGAUGUCACUUUAGUUCGUUCAAAGUACUCAAUUUGUUCUUCUCAGUCAGUGUAGGUGCCUCUGCUGCCAGUAGAGGGCGCUGUAGCGUUAUAAAAACGUUUUUUCCAGUCGCUUGGCAGUUUUUUUUCCCAUCUUUUUUUUAGCCCGGCUUCCUACUGGUAUGUCUCUCCUUUUUCCUCCCAACUCGCCAUCUCAUCAUUAAUCUGUGCAUCCACGACCCCCCACCACCCCUCACCCCUAUCAUCCUCAUCCUGUGGAAAUUCAAAUCGGCCGCAGCCGGUGCUGCUGCCGCUGCUGCUGCGCGCAGGAGCAGCUGUGGAGGCGCAAGACAGAGAGCUCUCAGCGAGGAGGCUGCGCGCGAGGCUAGAGGACGCCCGGGAGGACAGGCUGACAGUGGAUGUAUAGAUUUGUCCGCGUACCUGUAGGAAAAAAAAAGGACCGCGCGUGCCAACAUCUGGGCCAGACGCAGACGAGGUUCCUGGAUCGCGCCGCUUCCUUCCUUCCGUCUGCGCCGUGUGUGAUGCGUGCACCUCUGAGCAGUCAAUAUGAAUGUGUCGGUAUCUGCCUGUCAAAGGGGGGGUGGUUGACAAAGAUUUGCGGCACUACCUUAACCUGCGCUUCUCCAAGGGCUCAGUGGACCACGACCACCAGCAGAUCAUCAGAGACAACCUCUACCUCCGCACCGUUCCUUGUACCACCAGGCAGCCCAAAGAGGGGGAGGUGCCGGGGGUGGACUACAGUUUUGUGAGUGUGGAGCGGUUUAUGGAACUGGAGCAAAGUGGAGCCCUGCUAGAGAGUGGAACCUAUGAAGAUAACUUUUACGGCACGCCGAAGCCUCCAGCCGAGCCGUCCCCGGCAGCCCCUCCUCUGAAUGUGAGUGAGGCCCUGCUUCCCGGAGCCCGGCCCAGCGCCCAGGGCAAGAGAAAGAGGAACCAGUCGGUUAGCAACAUGGAGCAGCGAGCCAGCCUGGAGCCGCCUGAGGAGGAGGAAGAGGAGAGCCCUGUUGUCAAUGGUAACGGGGUGGCAAUCACACCAGAGUCCAGUGAACAAGAGGACAAGAGCACAGAUGCCUCUGGGGAGGUUGCUGCUGAAGGGUCCAACCAGACCCCUGCAUCUGCUGAGCCUCCCACUGAAGGGGAGGAGGCCCCGAAAUCUCCCUCCAAAUCCCCCACCAAAGUCCCCGAUGUGGACGAGGAGGAGCUGGGCCCUCUGCCUGACAACUGGGAGAUGGCGUACACAGAGAAGGGAGAAGUCUACUUCAUAGAUCACAACACCAAAACGACGUCAUGGCUCGAUCCCCGCCUGGCGAAGAAAGCAAAGCCACCAGAGGAAUGCAGGGAAGAUGAGCUCCCUUAUGGCUGGGAGAAGAUAGAUGAUCCUAUCUACGGCAGCUACUAUGUGGAUCACAUUAAUCGAAGAACUCAGUUCGAGAAUCCCGUCCUGGAGGCCAAGAGACGACUGGAACAACAGAGACAGAUCCAGAGCCAGGGCCUCUCUGCUUUACCUUUACCCACAAUAUACAGAGAGAAACCGUUAUUUACGAGGGACCCAACCCAGCUGAAGGGCACCUUCCUGUCGACAGCCCUGCAGAAGAGCAACAUGGGAUUUGGAUUUACAAUUAUUGGAGGCGAUGAGCCCGAUGAGUUCCUGCAAGUGAAAAGUGUAAUACCAGAUGGACCUGCUGCUCAGGAUGGGAAAAUGGACACGGGGGACGUCAUUGUCUACAUUAACGACAUCUGCGUGCUGGGCACCACACACGCUGACGUGGUGAAGCUUUUCCAGUCUGUUCCCAUCGGACAGAGCGUGACUUUGGUGCUCUGCAGGGGAUACCCUCUGCCCUUUGACCCCGAGGACCCAAGUGGUGCAGCAAGCUCUUCUUUAACACCCAUCGGGUUAGAACACCGUCCCAUGGUGGUCAACGGCCGCUACGACCCGUACCUGGAGUACCUGUCCCUGAGUUCCCAGCUUCCUGCUCAAGCUCUGGCCGGGGUUUCACACCCUGGGGACACACAUCUGGACGGAUCGUCCCUACCCCCCACCACACCUGGCUCCGCUCCGGCGCUCACACCUCACAAUGACAACGUCUCAAUAGCCUCCUCUGGGACUGCAGGUGUUGCCGGAGCAACAGCGCAAGGGGCAGAGCUGCUAACUGUUACCAUGGUGAAAGGUGCUGAAGGAUUCGGGUUCACGAUUGCCGACAGUCCCACUGGUCAGCGAGUUAAACAGGUGCUGGAGCCUGGCUCCCAGGCAGCAUCUGGGCUGAUUGAGGGGGACCUGAUCCUGGAGGUGAACCAGCAGCCAGUGGCGGCAGCCGGGCAUGGACGCGUGGUGGAGCUGCUCAAAGAGUGUCCUGUGGGAGCAGAGGCGACUCUCCUCAUACAGAGAGUGGGAACAGGUCACAUAUCUCCGUGGAAAGCCUCCAAACAGCUGCCUGAUCAUUGGGACCCACACGGCAGCCCUCAGGCAAAUCUGUCUGGACCCGUCUUACCGCCAGGCACGCCCUUCCCAAACCAGCCACAACACCGCACGUCUGUGCCCGACUCCACCGAGGGCUUUGACCUCAACAAACCCGACCCUUAUGACCUUUACGAGAAGUCCAGAGCAAUCUACGAGAGCAGACGUCCAGAGUACGAGGAGGUGGAGGUACAUCUGCUGAGGGAGAAGACGGGCUUCGGCUUUCGUAUCCUGGGGGGAGACGAGGCGGUGCAGGCUGUGAGUCCGGACGCCCGUGACAAGAUUGUUAUUGGCGCCAUAAUAGAGAACACCCCCGCUGAGCGCGAUGGGAGGCUUCGACCUGGGGACGAGCUCAUUUCCGUGGAUAAAAAUGUGGUUGCUGGGAAACCACACAAAUAUGUAAUUGACUUGAUGCACGCCGCCGCUCGCAACGGUCAAGUUAGCUUGACUGUUAGGAGAAGAGUGCAGAUGCCUGGGGAGCCCUGCCCGGUGAAUGGCCGCAGCCCCGGCUCCGUGUCGACGCAGCACAGCUCUCCUCGGAGCGACGCAGCCUCGGCCGCCGGCCCCACCGCCGCCGCUGUCCCUGUCGCCACCGCGGCCCCGGAAGGAUCCGCUCUCCAAACCAGCGAUGUGGUCAUCCACCGCAAGGAGAAUGAAGGCUUCGGCUUCGUCAUCAUCAGCUCUCUGAACAGGCCGGAGAACCCAACCGUCAUCACUGUGCCCCAUAAAAUCGGACGCAUCAUUGAGGGAAGCCCCGCGGACAGAUGUGGGAGGCUGAAGGUGGGAAACCGGAUCCUGGCGGUAAACGGACAGUCCAUCAUCAACAUGCCCCACGCAGACAUCGUCAAGCUCAUUAAAGAUGCUGGACUAACCGUCACACUGCACAUCAUUCCAGAGGAGGGUUCCCAUUCUGGACCCAGCUCAGAGAAACAGAGUCCCAUGAUCCAGAAACACAGCCCACAGACUCAGCCCAGUCUUGUAGCCCAGCCAGGCCAAGGAGGUACCCAUCCAGGCCAAGUGGUUCUCCAGCCAAGCCAAACAGCCGCUCAGCCUGGUCAAGCACUGUCCCAGCCUGGCCAGACACCAGCUCAGACAAAUCAAACAGUGACCGGUCCUCCACCGGCAGCCGUCCAGCCGGCACCAGCUGGGACCCAGCAGAGCCCGGUGAGCCAGCCCUCCGGACUGCCCCCGCAGCUCUACCUUCACGAUGGCAGGUCAGAGGUCAAAGCCAGACAAGACGUCAAACCCGACUUCCACCAUCCUCCGUUCACCGACUAUCGGCAGCCGCCUGUGGACUACCGUCACCCACCUGUGACCGAUUAUCGACAGCCGCCAACGCUGGACUACCGGCACCCCCCUGGUCUGCUGGACUUCAGGCAGCACCCUGCAGCUGCACAGUUCCCUCUGGGGAUCCCUUCCGACUUCAGACUACAGGACUACGAUUACUUCACUGUGGAGCUGGAGAAAAGCGCCAAAGGCUUCGGCUUCAGUAUCCGAGGAGGCCGCGAGUACAGCAUGGAUCUAUUCGUGCUGCGCCUGGCGGAGGAUGGCCCCGCCAUACGAAACGGGAGAAUGAGGGUAGGGGAUCAGAUCAUAGAGAUUAACGGGGACAGCACUCGGGACAUGACUCACGCCCGCGCCAUCGAGCUCAUCAAGGCGGGGGGCAGGCGGGUCAGGCUGCUGCUGAAGAGGGGAACCGGACAGGUGCCAGAAUACGACUGUGCCGGCCCCUGGGAUUCCCUUCCUUCAGUCCACUCUGCCCUGCAGGAAGUGAGCCUGGACCCCCUCCUGAAUCCAUCGCUGUCAUCCAGUCCAGUCUCAGCCCCAGAUUCCUCUCAAAAGCUCCCUCUAGAGGCCACAGUGUGCAUGGCAGACAAAGCUCCACCGCUUGCAGACCGCAGAGGGGCUACAGGUGGCAGGUCCACCGAGCAGAAAUCCACAAUCAGGAUGCAAGGGACCCUUCAGGGGUCUGGAGAGAUGGACUGUGGAUGUGGUGACAGACAUGGAGCUUCGAAGACUGUUGGAAGAUCAUCGGAGAGAAGAGAAAGGCAGAGGGAGACUUGCUCCCCCUGCUGUGAAAAAAAGAGCCUGCAAACACAGACAUCAAGCACCGCUUGGCCCUGGAACUCGUAUCCGAGUGCGAAUUCGAACGGAGGCUCUCUUAGCAGUGGAGAUAAACACCUCCAGGAGAGGCUCUCGUCCAGAGGACUGAUCUCCAGGGAGGAGGAGAGGGCAGGAGGCCACAGUGUGAUCUGCUGCCCCUCAAAAAUGACGGAAGAUCCUCCGGCGGCGAGCGCAGCUGCCUCCUCAGAGCUCUGGAGCAUGCCCGGGUGUGACAAACUGCCUGGCACCCUGAGGUCCUGGACCUCCACAGUGAGCAGGUAGAAUGGAUCCAUCUGGUCGGGCUGGACCGGUUCCCCAUCCGAAAAGCAACUAGUUUGGCCUCUCUCUGUCCCGUUUCCUCCUCCAUCUGCUCAUAGAGUCUUGUUUUAUAUCUCAUUUGUUCUUACAAAAAAAGAUUAUUACACCCACCACCUUAAAGAAAAACCUUCACAGUCUAAAUCCGACAGAGACCCUCACACAUGAGCGCUGGUGUUCUGGUGGAGCAGCAGCAUCUCGUCCUGAGCGGAGCUGCAUCUGCCUUGCAAGAAAAAACUCAAUUUCUGAGCGGAAUAAAGAUUAAGACUAUAAACGUA